GAAUUGUCUAUAGAGCUCUGAGACAGGAUUGUGUCAAGGCACAGUUCUGGGGAAGGGUACAGAAAAAUUUCUGCAGCAUUGAGGUCCCAAUGAGCACAGUGGCCUCCAUCAUCCGUAAAUGGAAGAACUUUGGAACCACCAGGACACGCAAUGUACAGAGACAUCCUUGAUGAAAACCUGCUCCAGAGCGCUCUGGACCUCAGACUGGGAUGACGGUUCACAACAGGACAACGACCCUAAGCACACAGUCAAGAUAAAGGAGUGGCUUUGUAGCUUGUAGCAUCAUACUCAAAGACUUGAGGCUGUUACUGGGGCCAAAGGUGCUUCAACAAAGUAUUGAGCAAAGGCUGUAAAUACUUAUGUACUUUUUUUUUUUUUUUUUUUUUUGUAUGUAUAAAUUUGCAAAGAUUCCAAACAAAACUUCUUUCAUGUUGUCAUUUUAAUAUUUUUAUAUAGAUAUAUAAAAUCUUUCUGACCCCUAACAUUUGAACAGUAGUGUAUAUUACUCGGCAAAAAAAAUGUGUAAAAAUACUAAUGUUUUCCCUUUAUCAAGAGAAAUCAAAACUCAAUUAGCCAAGGCCUCCAAUACAGAAUUGAAUGAUGAGCACAGACACCUACACACUUUCCAUCUCAACUUUAAUAGCUGCCAGCACAGAGAAUUGAUUAACAUCAAACAAAUCUGUUUGUCCUUUAUGAGCUGAACAAUAUAUUCCCUUUUUAACCUUUAGCUCAAAUCUUUCAACAAAUUUAAUAAAUUAUUUUUAAGUAUAAUUUCCCAUGUCAGCAGCAUGCAAAGUGGUUUUAAAACAUCACCUGUAAAAUCCAAAGGUUCUGGCAAGUGAAGCAAACGGUGACCUCCUAUCUCUUGUUUACCUGGUUGCCAUGACCUGCUCUGAAGAGUGACCGCCAGUAUCGACCCGUCUUUAAUUUGUUUACCUCUUCUCCUUUUCUUUUUUUUUAGCCAGAGCGACAGUGAAAGUAAGGACACAGGAAGUCAGAGAUACAGCAGCGAGGGGAUGCAUCCAGGCUACUUGUGAGGGGGCUAAACUUAUAAAUCAGAGGACUUACUUGAAUUUUGGUAAGGAUGAUGUAAAGGAUUCAACAACUAUUUUUUUUUUAGUUUCCACUAGAAAUGAUAUUCCAUGUGUCUGUCGAUCUAGUGGUUUAUAAUCAAGCAUAUAUUUCUAUUAUUAGUAGUUUCAGUUGAGUUUCCUGUCCUCUCUGUUUCCUGUUUAGUAGAAAAGCACCUCACCUCAGACUUGACUUUACAGUUGUAGUGUUGCUCACUGUGUUUUAUCAUUCCUGAAGUGUAAUAUUGAAGGCUAGAAAAAGGCAUUAAUGUUAGAGUGGUAGUUUUAGAUACUAAAGAAAGAGAAGGAAAAAACAAAAAAAUGUAUUUUAAGAAAGAUAUAGAAGGCACAUGGAAAGCAGCCUCACAUAUUUCAGAAAAACAUCACAUUUUGAGUCUCUGCCCAAGAAGGACUGGAGGAGUAGGCAGAGCAGUGGGGCGGAAGCAAAGCAGAACAAGGGAGAGAGAGUUUGAGAAAGACAGUGGGAGGUGGAAAAAAAAGACUGAGCUUAAAAAAGACAGAAACACUCCUUUGGUGGUUGCUUAUGAACAGUUAGUACCCUAAGGCUGCGUGUGUGUUUCCAUGGUGAUGUCUGAAGGGCAGACCAGCAAAGAGGCUGCUGGUGCCAGGCAGCGACGCAGGACCAGCCCAAACCCGGAGAGAGAACACCUAGAGGGACUUUCCUCACCGCCCACUGCUCACAAACUCUCACCCAUGUACCCUAAGGAGGAGCACAGCGUAGGAGCCAUCAGCUCCUCUGUCAACUACAUUGAUGGAGCCUAUGAGUACCCAGACCCCACACAGACCUACGGCACCUCAUCACCUGCCUCUGUCGGAUACUACCUGGCUCCCACGGACCCCCACGCACCCCCCGUUGAAGAACAUCUGCAGACGUUGGGCGCUGGAUCCAGCAGCCCCCUCAUGUUUACACCCUCCAGCCCUCAGCUGUCCCCGUGCCUGAGCCAUCAUGGAGGACACCACUCCACCCACCAGGUGUCCUACUACCUGGACACAUCUUCUAGCACAGUCUACAGGUCAGGUGUGGUAUCUUCUCAGCAGCCAAGUGUUGGUCUGUGUGAAGUGUUGUGCAGUGCGACUGACAGGCAGGAGUUGUACACCGGAUCAAGAGCUGCAGGAGGAUUUGAUUCAGGGAAGGAGACGCGCUUCUGUGCGGUGUGCAGUGACUAUGCCUCUGGCUAUCAUUAUGGAGUCUGGUCCUGCGAGGGAUGCAAAGCUUUCUUCAAGAGAAGCAUUCAAGGUCACAACGACUAUGUUUGUCCAGCGACCAACCAGUGCACUAUUGACAGAAACCGCAGGAAGAGCUGCCAAGCAUGCAGACUACGCAAGUGUUAUGAAGUUGGCAUGAUGAAAGGAGGUAUUCGUAAGGACCGCGGUGGCCGCGCUAUCAGGCGUGAGAGGAGGAGGAGCAGUAAUGAGGCUCGUGACAAGAGCUACAAUGAGCAGUCAAGCCGUGCUGCACUGAGGACAGCUACCCCUCAGGACAAGAGGAAGAAGAGCAGCAGCGGGGUGGCCAGCGCUAUAUUAAUGCCACCUGACCAGGUGCUGGUGUUGCUUCUAGGGGCAGAGCCGCCGGCUGUCUGUUCACGUCAGAAGCACAGCCGCCCGUACACCGAGAUCACCAUGAUGUCCCUGCUCACAAACAUGGCUGACAAAGAACUCGUCCACAUGAUCGCCUGGGCUAAGAAAGUACCAGGGUUCCAGGACCUCUCUCUGCAUGACCAGGUUCAGUUGUUGGAGAGCUCUUGGCUGGAGGUGUUGAUGAUCGGCCUCAUAUGGAGGUCCAUUCAUUCACCUGGAAAACUCAUCUUUGCUCAGGAUCUCAUCCUUGAUAGGAGUGAAGGAGAAUGUGUUGAGGGAAUGGCUGAGAUUUUCGACAUGCUUUUGGCGACUGUGGCUCGAUUCCGCAGUCUCAAACUCAAGCUGGAGGAAUUUGUUUGUCUUAAAGCCAUCAUACUUCUCAAUUCUGGUGCAUUUUCAUUCUGCUCCAGUCCAGUGGAGCCCCUGAUGGACAGCUUCAUGGUGCAGUGCAUGCUGGACAACAUCACUGAUGCCCUCAUUUACUGCAUCAGUAAAUCAGGUGCCUCGCUGCAGCUGCAGUCCCGCCGUCAGGCACAGCUCCUGCUGCUGCUCUCCCACAUCAGACACAUGAGCAACAAAGGAAUGGAGCACUUAUACCAUAUGAAAUGUAAGAAUCGAGUCCCGCUAUAUGAUCUUUUGCUGGAGAUGCUGGAUGCCCAACGAUUCCAAUCCCCAGGAAAGCUGCAGCAACUAUGGGAACAGAGUGAGAAAGACCCCCCGUCUACACCAACAACCAGCAGCAGCAGCAGCCCCUCCAGAGGACCUGGAGCCAUGCAGCCCAACACUGCCUGUCUCAGCCCAGACCCCUGAUCUAUGUACCGAUCUGGUACCAUAUACAAUCCCAACAGCUGCAAAAUGUGAAGACUGCAAACCAGUAAUAAGAACUGUGAUUCAAAACAAUGCUGUCUAAUAGUUUUUGAAGGUGAAACUGAAGUUGAGUCUCUCCUUGUGCCUUAUCAGAGUCCACUUUAGAUUUCCAUCUAGAAAUGAGCAUUUGAAAAUAAACCUAUUUGUAGAAACACACAGGUUAGGUCUUCAGAUAGUAAUAAGGCUCCCAAACACUAUACAUAUAUGGUCAAGCUUAUUACAGGGAUUCAAAAGACAUUUUCUUGUAGACUUGUGAAAAAAGGGCUUUUUUUGGGCACUGAGAGACAGGUUUUUGUAGAAGCUGCUAAUUCUUCUAAUAUUCUUUCAAUAUCUGUUUAGUGACAGCUUUAACAUCACAAACCCACUAAAACAAAUAAAUAAAUAAAAAGGAAAAGAAAAAAGGACAACCAAGCAGGUUGCAUUAGAAACUAGCUUUUCUGCAGGCAAAAUCAGUUUAAUUGCUGAACAUUUAGUUAUCAGUGAUUAUUCAGUCAGUGGAUUAGAAAACAGGUGGUUUUAUAUUGACAUUUCACUGUCAAAUCUGAGCUGUCAGUCACAGAAAUUAGUAUAUUACCUUAAAGUCCCCCUGUAGUCAAUAAUUUUAUCCCUUAAAACUCAUCUUUGAUCACCAAAAUGACAUAUUUGAAUGUUUUUUCCUUGGGGGUAAAAGAAAAAAAUCUUCAUGCCUUAAAAUAGCUUGAAUGUAACUCUACACCCUUGCCUCAUUUAGUAUACGUGGUUCUAUGAAUAUGCAAAAUUAGCCCCGCCUCCACUCACACCAGUUCAGAGAUCCACUCGUUGACGUGAUUGGUUACAAGGUAGUUUGUGAUGUCACAAACACCAGCGAUUUUAGACACGUUUUUGAGACUGUCUUUUUUUCACUGCAGUUUUAAAGAGAAAAUACUCAGCAAUGGUGUCGACUUAUGAAUUAAAAACACAAUUACACAAUUUUGUUUAUAAACAAAAUUAAAAACUGGAUUUUCACCACAGGGGGUCUUUAAAUGUAUAAAAACUGAAGAACUUUAUACUCCAGUGUCUGUGUUACUCAUUUUUCAUGUUACUAUAAUUACUUACAUUAUGGCAAUAACAAGUAACAUGAACACUUUAAUAUAAAGUGUGACCAAACUGAAAAGAGCGCAGGAGAAAAGUUACUCUUAGAACAAAGAAAAAAAACAAGAAAAAGAAAAUUACUUGUAUAAAACGGUUAAUGUUAAUGCAUCGUGAUUUAUUCUCGCAAUCAGAGAGCUAUUUAUCAAUACAAAUCAUUGAUCUAUUUUUAAUGUUAAAGGGUUAGUUCACCCAAAAAUGAAAAUGAUGUCAUUUAUUACUCACCCUCAUGCCGUUCCACACCUGUAAGACCUUUGUUAAUCUUCGGAACGAAAAUUAAAAUAUUUUUGUUGAAAUCCGAUGGCUCAGUGAGGCCUGCAUAGCCAGCAAUGACAUUUCCUCUCUCAAGAUCCAUUAAUGUACUAAAAACAUAUUUAAAUCAGUUCAUGUGAGUACAGUGGUUCAAUAUUAAUAUUAUAAAGCGACAAGAAUAUUUUUGGUGCGGCAAAAAAACAAAAUAACGACUUAUUAUAGUGAUGGCCGAUUUCAAGCGUGUCGAAUCAGCGUGUCGAAUCAUGAUUCGUUUCGCGUGUCAAACCGCCAAACUGCUAAAAUCACGUGACUUUGGCGCUCUGAACCGCUGAUUCGACACGCCGAUUCAUAAUGUUCCGAAGCUUCCUGAAGCAGUGUUUUGAAAUGUGGAACGGCAUGAGGGUGAGUAAUAAAUGACAGAAUUUUCAUUUUUGGGUGAACUAACCCUUUAAAGCUGCAGUCCUUAAUUUUGCCUCUUUGUUGCCAUCUCUGUUUGAAACCUGCAAUUGCAGUUAUUUGCAGAAUUAUCUUUACAUGCAUUGUGCCUCGGCACGGCUCCUCAGCGCAGAUGAAUCUAAUGUUUUGCUGUCAGUCACCACAUCGGUGUGGAUACUGUACUUCGGAAUCACAGAUUGUAGUCUUGAACUUGAAGUAUGUCCAAAAUAAGAAUUUUCACCGGAAAACAUCAUCUGAACAAGUAACAAAUCUGCCACUUUUGUUCUGAACAACAGAGAAAAAAAGCAUUACAAUAAAUCGCGCUGCCAAUGGUGAUUAAAUCUAACGAUGGCUUAGCUCAGAUCACGUCAAACCAUGCAAAUUAUCAUUAUUGUUAUACUUUGUUCUCAAAUUGUUAAUGUUAACAACAUCAGCAUUGCGUGACUGUGUAUUUAGUGUGUUGUAGCGUUACCUGUAGAUUUCAAUUUCUGUGCAGUCUAAUCUCUGAUGUUAAUUUGUCAUACCAUACAAUCCGCCAUCAAAAUGAUAAGUUUAAUUAUUGCAGCUGCUGUGAGAAAAGGAUAUAAAUGAUCUGCCUCACAUGUGAUAUAGCCUACUAGCUGGGUCUUGUUCUUUAUGUAAACAGACGUAACGUAAUGAUGCAAAGACAAACGGCGACAUGCUAGAAUUUCCCGCGAAAACCCACCAGUACCACCCGAAUUAUAAAACAUUAUUACAAGCUUACUGUUGUGAAUCGGGUUAAGGUAAGAAGAUAGUUUUGAACACUGGCUGGUUAUGUACAUGCUCAAAUUGAUUUUGGAUCAUUUUUAACCAAAAAAAAAAAGUUACGGACUGCAGCUUUAAUAUGUAAUUUUAACUCAAAUUGGAAAAAAAAAACUUCUCAGUGAUAGUGGUGACAUUAGUGGCAUCUUUUUUGUGCAAAGACAUUUACUUAUUGGUUGGCUGAUUUUACAAAAUUUUAAAUCCUAUUUUUGCUGUAUUAAAGUGCUGUAAUUGGUUUUAUGGCGAUGUUAGAGCCAAAUUUCAACACUGUGAAGGACAAUGACGGCCUUCUAUUACGAUGUAAACUACAAAUCUGUGAAUGUGUUUGGUCAUAGUCCAGUAGACUUGUACAUUGCAUUUAUCAGCUAUUAUAUUAUAUUUUGAAGGACCUAUAUGUGAAAUGUUAAUUUGGCUCAAUUAAUUUUAAAGAUAGAGUUAAAAAAUAUAUUAAAUGAAAAGAUGUGUCUUUUAUUAUCAGCAUUAGCAAACUGUACAUAGAUAAAUAGGCAUAAACAUUGUAAUCAUAAUUAAUGUUUUUGUCAUAUUGUCAUUGUCAUAACACAAAUUAACAUAGAUGACGGUAAUAAAAAGCACGCGUCUCUCAUAGAGCUACA